CACUCAAAAACCUCCACCAGGAUCAAAAUUCCAUGUCGUCGAGGAUAUUGAACAGGGCAUCGAGCCAGAUCCAAGGGUGUUUUAGAAGACAAUCACCCGCAUUUCGUGCAAUUUCUACCCAACCCGAAACAUCUUCUACUGUUUUCGACGCUCCCACAACCCACUUCAAAAUAACUCUACGUAGAUCUGCCAUCUCCCUUGGAGACAAAAUAAAAGGUACCCUUGAAUCGCUUGGUAUACACCGUCGGAUGCAAACGGUGUACCACCGUCAUUCGCCGGAGACCGCUGGAAAGAUUCUUCGCGUUAAAGAGUUGGUGGAGGUUGAGAAUGUUACGGAAGCAUUAGUGAGGACCAAGCAGCAACAGACGUUGGAAAGACGGGCGAAGAGAGGAUAUAAAGUUGUCGGGUCGAGUUUGAGAGAUAAAGUGUUUUGAGUGACUAUCUGCAACAUAAUUAGUUUCAAUGACUUUAACUUCAAUAUCUGGAUUCUGAGUCUGAACGUCCAACCCGUGAACGAGUUACCCGCUUGGUCAAAACUGUAGCCCCCUUAGGUGACAUUCAUGUCGAUACUUGUAUUCCUUGAAUCUUGGAGAAAGCAUCUAACGUGCAAAGGUGCAAAGGAGGUC